CCACAGCGGAUGCAAAUUCUACACAGCGGAUACAAAUUUCUCCACAGCGGAUACAAAUUCUCCACAGCGGAUACAAAUUCUAUAAAGCGGAUACAAAUUCUACAAAGCGGAUGUAAAUUCUACACAGCGGAUACAAAUUCUAUUUCAAGAUACUAGUCUAGUGUUACUGAACCCCAAAUCUUACAAAUCUGCACCCCAGACUAUGAAGAGGGAUCUGUUAUUGCUCAAGCUCGGAAAGAAGACGUCCCGCAAAUCCGCGAUUAGCAAUGUACCUCUGGCACAGAGCGCAUCCGCAGCCCGUAACCUAGUUGAGCUUACAAACAACGAGUUACUUCCAUCUAUUAAACCUGAGAGGCUCUUACCGAAGUAGCUCAUUAAUCUGUUCACAACCAUUUCCACCAAAUUCACAGACACCAUAGCAGAAUGUCUUCGAUCGUUGCUGUAGCGGGAGGAAGUGGUAAACUUGGCCGUGCCAUUGUUGAGAGUCUUGUUGCCAGUGGGAAGUAUCAGGUGUUUGUGUUUGCUCGUGAGGCCAGCGAUGCAAAAUCCAGCGAACUGGGAGCGAAGGUGCUCGCCGUCGACUACACUGACGCAGCCUCAAUCGUGAACACAUUGCAAGAGAACAAUGUUGAUACAUUGAUCUCAACGCUUGGAUCCAUGAAUGGCGUGGAGGCUGAUCUGAACCUUAUCAAGGCUGCUGAAGAGUCAACUACAACGAAGCGGUACAUCCCAAGCACAUGGGGUAUCAAGUACACACCUGAGGUUGCUAAGAUCUUCGCUAUUGCUCAGGACAAAAUCACAUAUCUCGACGCCCUCGAGAAAACAUCCCUGGAGUACACCGCCGUUAUCAAUGGUUUCUUCCUGGACUAUUACGUCGAGCCAUACGUCAAGUCCUACCUCUCUGGCAUGACACUUGCCAUUGACAUUGCCAACAAAGCAGCCGCCAUCCCCGGAUCUGGUGAAGUCCCAGUUGUGUUCACCUACAGCUUUGACAUUGGCAAGUUUGUCGCCGCUCUUCUCAGCCAGUCGUCGUGGCAGAAGGAAUCCUACAUCAUUGGCGACAAGGUUACACUGAAUGAGUUCCUUGCCAUUGCCGAAGAAGCGAGGGGUACCAAGUUCAGUACCACGUACGAUUCGCUGGACACAUUGAAGUCCUUCCAAGUCACCGAGCUCCCAGGCCACCCACCUGUGUACCCUUAUUUCCCGAAACAGAUGCUCCAGGGCAUGUGUGCGGUCUUUGGCAUCUUGUUUGAACAGGGCUUUUUCGAUUUUAACCCCGCGAAUUCCUUGAACAAUCAGUUUCCAGACAUCAAGCCAAGAAGCGUUAAGGAUUUGGUCAACGAGGCAUGGAAGGGGAGAUAAAAGUAGUCACGAGAGAUAGUAUCAGCCCUAUGAGUAGAUACAAACUAUUGCAU